AUGGGAUCUGCUUGGAUUUUCUAUGGUAUGGCAACUAAAAUGUCAUUUGAACUAGGCUUGCAUCGUAAAAUUAAAAAUGAUCAGGUUCAAAAUACUGAAGUUAAAGAAUUGAGAGACAUGGCAUUUUGGGGUUGCUUUAUUGGCGAAGUGUGGCUUUCUGCAACCUAUGGUCGUCCAAGUGCUAUAGAUGAAGCAACUUGUGAUGUAGAUUUACUUCCAAUACCAUCAGAUCCUGAGCCUGAUGAAGAAACAAGAUCACAUAUAGCUUGGAUCUUGCAUAUAAAUUUAUUAAGAAUUUUUGCUCAGAUUCGCAAGUAUUUAUAUGGACGAACUAAAAUAGCAGGUAGUCGCCGUGAAGAAAAUCAAUUUAAAUUUUUGGAUGCUGCGUUAGGAAGAUGGUUUUAUACUCUUCCUAAUUGGUUGAAAUUUGAAGAAAUGGCUCAUGAUGUUGAAGGAAGUUUUUUAGGUUCAAUUGGAGGAGAAAUGCAUACUUUAUUCUGGACAGUACUUAUUCUGCUUCAUAGUCGUAAUUUGACAAUGUUCACAUCAAAUGCCCCUAAAAAUAUGCCAAUUAACAAUAUUGACGAAGAAUCUAGAAUAUCAUCACAAACAAUAUGUUUUCAUGCAGCAACAAUACUUUUACAUUGGCUUGAUGUAUUGAUGAAUUCUGUACCAGAUUUCUUUGAACAGUCAUGUUCAGCAUUAUUUUCAAUAACACCAGCUAUCAGAGUUUUAUCAUGGACAGAAGCUCAAAAAAGCAACGAGAAGGCUGCAGGUAUGGUGCAACGAUUAAAAGAAAUCAAAGUCCAAGUUAGGGAAAUUGCCAGGAGAAGGUUUUCAGGUGGUGAAGGAAGAUUGGAUGGUGAGGCGACAUUGAAAAAUUUGUUGGUUAAAGCAAAAGAAGAAGAAUCUAAAAAUAUAGAACAGUUGAAAUCUGAUGAAUAUGAUUCGCAUGCAACAACUAAUAAUAAUAAUAGAGGAAGAAAAUUUAAUAGAAGGAAAAAUAAUAUUGGCUUUAAUGAUAAUAUCAACAACAAUAGUAAUAUCGACUUUAAUAUUAAUCAUAUCCAUAACAAUGAAGGGACUUUAAAUACAUUUGAUACAAGAACGCUGGCAACUGAAUUAAAUCUUAGUCAAGAAUUAGAUUCAUUCCUUAAUCCAAGGCUCUUUGACUAUUUUGAUGCGGAUAUUGAUGACUUCAUAUCCAAAAAGAUUAAUGAAACAAAAGGUUACAGCGAUGUUA